UGGUUGGAUCGACCAAUCAUUGUCGAGUUUAAAAUUUUCUAAAAAGUGGGGGUUUCAUCCUGCCGCCAUAUUGUGUUGGGCUGUGAGUGCUUGAAGUGAAUAUUUUACAUUUUUUGUGUAAAUUCUUUGUCAAUAAAUUUCGGAUUGCCAAGACUUAAGUGGAUUUGAAGUUAGCAUGGGUGCUAAGCAGAGCAAGCGCUCGGUCGACAUAAGCGGCAAGGAGGCCGAGAAUGUUGGAGAGGUCGCUGUCGCCGGCGCCGGCGGCGAAGGCCGGAUGGAGCCUCUGGCAGACGCAGACGCGCUCAAACCCCAAAUCAACGGCGAUGCGCACAUACAUGAACAAUCGGACAAAGAGAAACAACUAGACAGCGGUACACCAGAGAACGAAAAAGACGCAACAACAGAGAAAGAGGGGAAAGAGCAGGAGGAGAAUAAGGAGAAGGAGGCAGCUCCCGUGACUAACGGUGAAAACGGGGAACAGAAAGAAAACGGAGACUCCUCGCCCGCACCCGAAGAUGGCAAGAAACCCAAGAAAGAAAAGGUCAAGAAGAAAUGGUCGCUGAGGUCGAUCAGUUUCAGCAGAAAAGAAAAACCGAAGCAAGAGAAGAAACAGAAGGAAGAGGAACCAAAAACUAACGGAGAGCCAGAGAAAGUGCCAGAAGAGGCGGCCGAAGUUACCCCCGAAGCCCCAAAGACCGAAUCUGCUGAAGAACCUAAACUGGACACUGAGAGCAAGGACGAAAAGACGCCGGAGACCCCGGUAACUGAACCUAUCACAAACGGUACCUCCACACCGGAGUCCAAGGUUGAGACUCCCGCUGAGGAGCCCGCGGUCGCGAUCCCCGAGACAAACAGGCCCGAGCCGAAAGCCGAGCCCGAACCCGAACAGCUGCCAGUCAAUGGCCUCUCGUUAGAGGAGGCUAAACAUGAGGCUGCCGAAGCGCCACAGAGUGAGGAAAGCAAACCCGAGGAACCCAUCGCUGAAACGACGGAAUCGACUCCAGCUCCUGAAAUCCCUGUCAUAAAAGAGGUUUGUGUUGAACAAAUGCCUUUAGAGACCACUCCACCUCCACUCCCAGCAAACCCUCCUCCUUCUUCAGUGGCUUCAUUUGCUGCCACCACUAUGGCACCUGAAUUGACAGACGCUUCGCUAGCUAACAUCACAGAGUCCACAAUUACACCACCAUCCUUUGUAGCCUUGGAGACUAAACCAGAACUACCUAGUGAAAAUAAACCUGACGAAACUCCAUUGGUCACAAAUAUAGAAACUGAACUUAAUUCGCAACCCCCUACCUUAAAGGAAGGCGAUGACUGCAAACCUGAGGAAAAUGCUGGAAAUGAAGUGCAAUCUCAAAUACCAAAUAUUGACGCUGAAAUUGAUCUCACUGCUCGGUUAAAUGAAGUUGUUGAAGAGGUAAAAGCUGAACCUCUAAUUGAAGAGGUAAAGGCUGAACCUGUUGCUCAUUUAAUUGACUCUAACCCAAUCAUCACCAAUGAAGAAUCUGAAAAUGACCUCCCUCCCCCUUUAAACGAAGUUAGUGAAAAUGAAAAUAUUGUUGAAAUUGUUAAGCCCGCAUCGGAAGAGUUGCCAAUUGAAAAAUUGCCAGAAGUGCAGCCAAUUAAUAAUUUGGUUGAAAACUCCUCUGAUAAAAUCGAGUUAAAAGAUGAAUUAAAUGAAAAACCUAUCGAAAAUGUUGAAAGCGAAGCUAUUAAUUUACCAGCGCCAAUUACAGAAGAUGCAAUUAUUGAUGAAAUUUCUGAAUCUGAGCCAUGCAUAUCACCACCUGCCGAAUCCGAACUUCCUGAAAAUCCCGACGCGCUCGAUUCCGUCGACGACUUGCCUCCUCCUCCCCCAGUAGACGACCUCGUCGAAUCAGAUAUCGUAGAAAAUUUCAACGCUGACAAAGUUUCCGAUAAAGUAGAAGUAAUUUCGAAUCAUGUGUCUGAGAUUAUUAGCGAGACGAAUGGUAUCGAUAAGGAAAGCAUCAACGGCAUUGACAAGGAUGAGAUUGUAAAGGGAGACCACGUCGACGAUACGCUAGGAAAAGUGGUAGAACCGGUGGAAUGCAACGGCAACGGGAUCACGGAGGAUCCGAAAGCGGCGGAGCUCUCGUCAGCCGCCGCGCCCGCUCAGGAGCCACUCCCAGUCAGCGAUAAAAUAGCGGACUUGAUUCCCGAGGUGCCCGUUGUACCAGAAUUGAAAACUGAAUCAGAGACGACGACCGACGUGGCGGUGAACUAAGCCGCGACACCGUAGCGUCAUGUAACGAGCCUUUAUUUAUUUGAUGAUUACUGUGGCGAAUAUUAUCGAACUAAGUUCGAUUGAUGUUUUUAACCGUCAAACAUGUGGAUUUCAGUUUCAAACGUGACCGUUCGUAUAGAUUGAACAUAGUAUAAGUUUAGCGUGCUUUGCUUUUGUAAAAUUAAGAUUUUAUACAAUUUAUUCGCUAGGAUCGAGUCUUUUAUAAUUAUAUACAAUAAAUAACAAAGUUAUGUAGGCAGUAUACGGUGCGAUAAGUUGGUGCCAUUAUUACAGGGGUAUUAGUUUGACGUCGUCGCGUGGUACGAGCUCCAGAAUUAUUGUAAUUGGACAAGUUUCUAGAUUCAGGUGACUAAUCAUCGAUUUAAUGUAAUACUUACAACUUUCAUGUAACAUUCGCUAUUGGAUUUGAAUCGAUCUCAACAUUGUACCAAUUUUACUGAGCUGUGUUUAUUUUCAGUUACAUAGGAAAAUGAACAAAUUGAGCAUGGGCUCAUAAUGUCGGUAUUAUUUUAGAAACAGAGAUUUAGUUAUAUGUUGCGGAUGCAUUCCUAAAUUUAGAUAGAUAUCGUAGGUUCGGUGUGAAUGUUGAGAAGAGGGUGCCGCAGCAAGCGGUUCUCUAGUAUGGACAAGAACAUACAUUGCGUAGGAAGUGUACCUAUGUCGCUCGACGAUGAUAGAAGUAUAAUCUGUUUUAUUUAGUAGUUCGAAACAUUAUUAUAAUGUAUAUAUGAACAUUUGAUUCCCUUUACACUACUCGAAUAUUUAUGUUAAUGUGUGUCCAAUUGAUGUUUAAAAUUACGUAUUAUGUUUGAUUUAAACAUGAGAUAAACUAUGAAUUCCUUUUAUUUCAACUGUGUGUUAUAUAUUAUGCACUUAUAAUUAUUCUGCUCAUAUUAUUAGUUUAAGUUGUAUAAAUUUAGGUCUGUAUUUACAGCUCUCUUUAUUAUGAACUCAAAAUUAAGUGUUGGUAUCCCUUCAACUGGUUACACCAGUAGCCGGGUAGUAAAUAGAUUACCCAUUUAAUGUGAAAUUUUAGAAUUUUUACUCAGCGGCCAAGUUUUUUAUUACAAUAUACAAUUUUUAUGCAUAUACAAAUACAUACAUAACUAAUAUAAUUAUACUGUAAUGUUUAGACUCGUAGUACGUGUAACAGUUAGUAGGCAGAGUCAUCGAUAGCUGCCAUUAGUAGAAUAUCGUUUCGACCCGGAUCGUACGGUGAACGGCUCAUAAAUUUGAUAUAACUAUACAAGUGUAAUUUUUCUACAGUGUUUCAAUUUCAAUAAUACUAUGAUUUCAUAAUCAUUUUUGUAAUUUUAUACAUUUUUUAAGAAAUUCUAAGUGGUACAUCUGAUGACUGGGAGAGUCCUCCAAGUAAAAUUAGCAGUAACUAUGAGUGAGACAUUCCAUAUCAAACGCUAACUUAGCUCAGUGUUCGGCGUGACCCUUCCCACCUCUAGUUUAGAGCACUAAUCAUAAUCAAGCUACUCCCAACAUAUGGUGACCAUGUGUGUUAAGUUUGGUUACAAUUGCAAGCUAGCAGAGUUACUUUUGUCACAAGAUCUGAAACUUGUUGUAGUUAUUAUGCUAAAAUAUCUUUUUUCUUAUUUCCAAUGUAUUUUGUGUAUAAAAUAUAAUUUAAAAUUUUAAUUCCUCAUAGCACUGUGGAAGUUGUAUGAUAAUAUGUUAUUCCAAUUUAAACUAAAUGUUGAUGUGUGAAUGUCUCUUAUCAAUAAAAUAAAACAAUGGA